CAAACUGGAGAAGCAAAGAGGAAGAAAAGAAGCUAGGCAGAUUCAAGAACUUCCGGCCAAGCAGCUGUUUAGAUGUGAUUCCUUAAUAGGCCAUAACCACAGAUAUAAACACGUCUCAUCAAUGAGGAACAUUGCCAUGAUCUUGACACUGCAAUUUCCCAGCACCAUUAGAAAACAUUCCCCAAACUCAUAAAUAAGGUUUGAGGAUUUUAUUUUAGUUUUCAAUUUGUAAAGAGAAGUAGGGGAGACAGCUCGGGGAUCACAUCUUCAUGCUGUGUGGGACUUCUCAUCUACCUGCACUCGCCAACAUGACUUUGGUCCUGCUUUCUGUCCUCUGGCUCAUCGUACAAACUAAAGCAAUAGCCAUAAAACAACCACCCGAAUUAGAAGUCUAUCAAGUAGUUCAUCCUAAAAAACUACACAUUUUACACAAAAGAGAGAUAAAGGACAACCAGACAGAGAAGCAUGCCAAAGAGGAAAAUUAUGAACCUGAACUUCAGUAUCAGAUUAUAUUAAAUGGAGAAGAAGUCAUUCUUUGCUUACAAAAAACCAAGCACCUCCUGGGGCAAGACUACACUGAAACAUAUUACUCACCCAGAGGAGAAGAGAUCACCACAAGCCCUCAGAACGUGGAACAGUGCUACUAUAAAGGACAUAUCCUGAAUGAAAAGGGUUCUGUUGCCAGCAUUUGCACUUGUAAUGGUUUGAGGGGAUUCUUUACACAUCACGAUCAAAGAUAUAUGAUAAAGCCUCUGAAAAGCACAGACCAAGAAGAACAUGCUGUUCUCACAUAUGACCAGGAGGAGCUAGCCCCCGUUAAUCAUACCUGUCGUGUAAGAAACGCUGGCAGAAAACAUGGCCUCAUUCGAAACUCUAGGUCACUCAAAAACCCAGAGCAAGAAGACCUUCUUCAGGCUGAGAAAUACAUUGAUCUCUUCUUGGUGCUGGAUAAUGCUUUCUAUAACAUGUAUAAGGGGAAUCUCACUUUGAUAAGAAGUUUUGUGUUUGAUGUGAUGAACCUACUGAACGUGAUUUAUAACACCAUAGAUGUUCAAGUGACCUUGGUAGGUCUUGAAAUAUGGUCUGAUGGCGAUAAAAUAAAUGUGGUAUCCGACAUAGGCAUCACCUAUGGCAACUUUCAGAAUUGGCAUCGUUCUAACCUGAGGAGAAUAAAGAUUCAUGACCAUACUCAGCUACUCAGUGGAAUUGGCUUCAACGAUCGACGUGUAGGAAUAGCAGCCUCGAAUUCCUUGUGUUUUCCAUCUUCCAUUGCUGUCAUUGAGGCUAAGAAAAAGAAUAAUGUGGCUCUUGUAGGAGUGAUGUCCCAUGAGUUGGGUCAUGUCCUUGGUAUGCCUGAUAUUCCAUAUAACACCAAGUGUCCCUCCGGGAGUUGUGUGAUGAAUCAAUAUCUGAGUUCAAAAUUCCCAAAGGAUUUCAGUGCGUCCUGCCGGUCACAUUUUGAAAAAUACAUUUUAUCUCAUAAACCAAAGUGCCUGUUUCAAGCAGUGAUUCCUAAAAAUAUAACAGCAAACCCAGUGUGUGGGAACCAACUUCUGGAAGUGGGAGAAGACUGUGAUUGUGGAUCUCUUAAGGAAUGUACCAAUCCUUGCUGUGAGGCCAUGACCUGCAAGUUCAAACCUGAGGCUGAUUGUGGAGAAGAAACUCUGAACCAUAUCCCAGAGUGAAUCAAAAAAUCUACUUCAUUGAGAUUCUACUUGCCAGGACAAAAAAAUCAAGAAAUCUAAACAUUCCAGUUUUCUUGUGCAUUUUCGUCUUUGCUCUUAGAUGUAUUUCAUUUUUCGUUUGCCAUUAUCUUUCCUAUGUUUUUCCCAGUCUAGCCAGCAAAUUAAAUAGAUGUCUUGAGAGAAGUCUAGUCUGGCUCCUAAAACCUGAUCUUUGAUAUAUUUUUAAGAAUCAUGAAGCUAUUGCUUAGCUCUUCUCUUUGGACAACGAAAGAAAUUAGUUCUUGACUGAAACACCUCAAAAUGUAUGGCUGAAUUAUGCAGAGUCACUGGAGAAUCGUAAAAUUACAAGUGCGUUGUAUUGUCAUUUUAUUAGUUGUAGCCCAUGAAAAAAAGAAGACUAUUCGAUGAGUGAAGGCUUUGUUUUUGGUUCAUAUAUCACUUAUUAAUUACUUCUCUGUCUUUCACUUGUCUUGCUCUUAGAAGUGUGGUAGUUUUCUAGAUCAUAUCAAGAUUAAGUAAAUAUACACUUUUUUUAAUUUUAUCAUGAAUAAUACUUUCACCAUCACAUAUAAUAUGAGCUUUGAGAAGUCUUCAUUUGCUUGUAUUUUAAUGCAAUCAUCAAGGAGUGCUUUA